GGCUCUAACUAAAACGGAGUACCCAAUUACAGAAAAGCUCUUAAAUUUUCAAAAUCACCUCUCGAGAAAAAAAAAACUUUAAGAGUUAUUAUAUGAGUAGGCAGUAAAGGCAUUGAAGCCACCACUUAUAGUAAAAGGAGAGCUCAGCUGUUUCAAAACCAAGCAAGAAGAAGCAGUAAGAGUUUUUGUUGCAUGGAGAGGACAUCAAUGGGAACAAGUAUAACAAGGAGAGCAAAAUGGCAAUACCCUCCAGCGCAGCCAACACCAAGAAUCCUUCAUUUGCCACGCCGCCCUAGAAGGAAAGCACCAAAGCCCAGUCCUUCGAAGCAACCCACUUGGCAGAAAGACAGAAAAGGGGUGCUGGAGAGAUUGUUUGAUCAAGAGAGGUCUUUUGCGAGUGGGGCUGUUCCAGUGAUGCUUCUGACUCCAAGGGAGAGUGAGGAGGAGAGGAGAAGAGGGAGAGUGGAGGAGGAAGAGAAGAGAGCAAAUACUCAUAACAGUGUCGUCUUUGUUGAAGAAGAGAAAUGGAGGUUCCAAGCUGAGAUGUUGAGAGCGGAAUGUAACUUGUUGAGGAUGGAAAGAAAGAUUGCCAUUAAGAAAAUGGAGAGAAGGAGAGUUCAUAUGGAGCGGACCCUGAAAUCUGCCCUUGAAAUUUUACUUUCUGGAAGAAAGAACAUUUGUGAAGGGAAGGAUGUGAACUUGGUGUUGUUGGAGGAGCAGAUCAAUGAUUUGGUGGAGAAAAUAGAGAAACUGCAAAAGAGAACAGGUGUGAAAGAGUUAGAGGUUAAAAAAUGCAGUAACUUUGAUAAGCAUGUAUGUUUACUCCAAAGGCAGCUACAGAAAUUUGGGUUUGGAGGAUUAUCUGAUGAAGAAAUAUGUGUGAAAGAGAUCCGAGAGAUGGCUGAAGCAAGCUUGUCAAUCAAAAUCAGCAAUGAAGGGAGUGGCAGCUUUGCUUCUACUUCAAAUCAUCAUAACCGCAAUGUGGAGAGUUUGAGAAGAAAGAUGGAUGGAUUACUAGAGAGCAUGGAGGAGGAAUAUGGUUCCCUGCUCUCCACUUCUGAUUUGUCAUCUUCAUCAUCUUUACAGCAAUCAAACAAAGAGGAGAAAAUGGGGCAUGAGACAAGAGUGUGUUCAGGACAUUGCAAGGCUAUAGUGGGGAGGGUGGUAGAGCAAAUUCGUGGUGAGACAGAACAAUGGUCCCAGAUGCAAGACAUGUUGGGGCUGGUAAGGGAUGAGAUGGAAGAACUUCAUGCAUCUCGUGAUUUUUGGGAAGAUCGAGCACUUGAUUCUGACUGUCAGAUUCAAUCCCUGCAAUCUGCUGUGAAAGAAUGGAGACAGAGAGCUGUGUCAUCGGAAGCCAAAGCUAAGGAGUUAGAGGCACAAAUAUAUGUGCUUCGUCAGGAAAUGGAGAGAUUGAGGCAAGGCAGAGAUAGAAAAUCAGUGAGGCCCCAAAUUGCAUCACCAAUCAAUCAAUUAGAAGCACAAAAUGAAACAGAGAAGAGAGUGCUUGUGUGUCGGUUGAAGGAAGACGAUCCUAAUCCCAAGGAUGGAAGACGAAAGCCCCAGACAUGCAGACGCUGGCCCCUGACAGAUAUUGGUAAUAUCUCAACCCUGAAGAAGCAGCAGCAGUCUGGUGAAGCAACCUUGCCAUUGUUUAGCCUUCAUAAAGAGGAAAUGAAACGUUCAUUAUAGACCAACUGAAGCAUGAAUAUAAAACACCAGGUUCACUGUUUCAAUGCUACAUGAUCUUGUGACAAAACACGAAUCAAGGGCAGGACAUUGAUGAUGGGGACGGAGAUAAAAGGGGGCAUGCAAAAAGGUGUAAAUCUGAUCUAACUUAACUAACUUUAGCAACAGCACAAUCUUGAGCUGGCUACUGAGUUUGAUGUAUGCAGAUGGUAAAGAGGUUCCCCAAAAUUAUUAUAUCUCAUCUAUCUUGUUAAUGUUAAAAUUUUGCCUCUGCUUGUUA